AUGCUCACAGGGAUGCGGGCGGAGAACCGGGACGACUCGGGGGUCCUGGAUGCUGCGACUCUGAGGCAGCAGAGGAGGCUGAAGCAGGCGAUCCAGUUCCUCCAUAAAGACUCGGCUGAUCUGCUGCCUCUGGAUGGACUGAAGAAGCUCGGGACAUCUAAACAAGGGCAGCCACACCAUAUUCUGCAGAAGCGCCUGCUGGAGGCCAAGCUGUCCCGGGGAAGGAUGAACAUGUGUGGAGUAACUCCAAACAACGGAGGCAUCCUUCUGAGAUGCAGUCAGUUAAAUUUACAUGACGAUGAGGAAGAAGAGGAGAAAGAUUUCAUUUAUGUGCCCGGCAAGUGUUUAGGACAGGAAGUGAGUGUGCUGAUUGACACAGGCUGCAAACUGAACCUGAUGUCCUCGCUGACUGUGGAGAGAUUAGGUUUGAAGGAACUAGUCGAGGAAAACAAAACGGAGACGGAUGGUUUUCCAUUUCAGCGUAAGUUCUGUGUCGACGGUCUCAUCAAGGAGCUCAGUCUGUCCAUGGGACAGCUCAGGAUAAUGUGCUCAUUUGCCAUAUUGGAAAGUAACAGGCCACUGAUGUCACUGGGAAACAAGACACUAAGGUCACUCAAGUGUGUAAUUGACACUGAAAAGCAGAUGUUGGUGUUUGGGAAAACGGUGAGGGAGCAAGUUCAGUUUGCUAAAAAGCCGUUCAGCGAAAGCUCCUCUGACUUCAGAGACCUUGGAUACUGAUCUCCCAACCACCAACACGCACAGUGACCAAAAGCAAUAGAAA